AUGGGCGCAGCUCAAGACGCGUUCAGCUCCGUGUGCCCGAUCUCCUACUCCGAGUACUGCUCUGCGCCAUGGCAGGUCACGAUCGACGUGUGCUGCGGCCUGUGUCCUUCACCCGCUAUCAACGCCUACGGCACGCUCGCAGGCCUCAUCAUUGCCUCGUUUUUCGCCAUGCUCAUCGUGCUCUUCCAGCCGGCACAAUCGGCGUGGUACAUUGCCGCACAGCUCGCCCUUGCGCACAUGUACUUGGUCGCCAUCAUGGCCCGAAACAUGAUGGGCACGGCUUCGAGCGGCGUCAACGCGAUCCAGCGGUGGCACGCCGAGUACGCGUUCCUGCUCGCGGCGAGCAUCACGGGCACCAUCGUCGCCUGCGUCUUGUCCGACACGCACCACAUCCAUGGCUUUUCGUCCGCCGACGAGCACGACGCCUUCCUCGACGCCUCGGCCGCCUUUGCCCAAGCACGAGCCGCUCGCCCCUCCUCUGCGCCCAAGCACUACUCGCCACACCCGCUCCACCUCCAGCCAGGCGACGAGUACGUCCGGGGCGAGCACCUGUCGAACGUCGCCCGAGCCGCGCAGCGCCUGCGCAAGUGGGGGCACCGGCACCAAGCCGUGCUCCUCCUGUGCGCGUUCGCGACGAGCGAGCUGUACUGGUUCGUCCUGUACGCGGCCACCAUCUGGUGGCCGGCCGCGUCGUCGCCCGUCAAGCCCGUCUCGUGGCAGGCCAACUGCGACGACCUGAUCGGUGCGGCCAACUACCGCCUGCUCGAGGGCACGAGCUGGACGUUUGUCAGCGUCGCACUCCUCGCGACGCUGCUCCUGUGCGUGCCCGUGUUUGGCCACCGCAGUGAGAGCGCCGCGCACACGCUCGUCAGGCUCUUGAGCCUUAACCCUAAGACGCGCAGGUCGGCGUUCGCGUCGAGGAGGGCGGGCAAACGGGCGCAGGAGCAAGGAGGACCGCCGCGCAGGAGGACCGACUCGGACAUGACCAAGGCGACGAGGCGGUCGGGCAAUAGCGGCGGCUUCGAGUGGGACGCGUCGACCGAGACGCUCGUCAAAGUGUGCGCGUCGCUCGCCGUCUGGGUCUUGUGGUUCGUCAUGGUGCUCGUCAUCCUCUUCAAGGCUCUCAACGACUUUCUCCUCGAGGGCACGGCUUGGCCGUAUGCAGCCAUCCAGAACUUCAUCUUCGGCACCUUCGCCGCCUUCAAGUUCUUCCUCGGCGUCGUCCGCGAGCGCACACGGCAGCACACCAAGGCGCGCAAGGCCCGCCGCCUCGAGCGAGCGGACCGGGCGCCGCUCGUCGGCGCCGACGCCAACGCCAACGCCGACGCGCCGCCGCCGCCGCCGCCGCACGACGGGCGCUCGAGCUCGAGCGGCGAGCAGCGGAGGACACGGCGGCCGCGGUUGAGCUUGCGCUCGAGCGAGCGAGGGCGACCCGGCGAGAGGGCGUCGGUGGGCGCGAGCGGCGCGAACCUGUCUGAGGGGCUCGAGCGCGGCGUCGAGACGGGGCGGCGGUCGCGGCAGAAGCGGUAG